UGCCCGGUACAUCUGCAAGACAUCACGCCCUCCUCCCGAAACCUCAGCCACUCCUGAGGAUCCGCAGGAGCGCGGAGCAGGCGGAACGCGCGCUCGAAGACGUUUUAAAGCUGGAACAAGCCUUCUUCUGUUGGUGCCUGAACUCUUGCCUGGGAAUAACUUUUUUAACCUUAAAAAAAAAAAAAGAAACCGCUUUGAUUCUUCUCUCCCACCCCUUCGCCUCUCCUCUUGUCCGCGACUCCCCCGCCCUGCCGGCCUCCCGUUCCUUCCUCCCCCUUAUUAUUUUUAGUGCGUGCGUGCGGACGCUUCUGCAGAGCUGGGAGGACUUUUUUUCCCCCCUGACUUGAGCACACGGUGACUUCUUCGUUUCAUUUUUCGGUGUGGAUUCUCUCCUCGGACCGCACCGGGCUUGGCGCUUCCGAGGCCGCGGAGGGGCUGCUGGAGCGGGGCGCCCGGCCCUGCCGAGGGGCCCCCGCCCCCUGCCCGCGUUUUCUCGUCUCCCCCCUUCUCUCCCGCUCUCCGCUCCCCCCUCUCGGCCCCACGCGGCUCCUGUCCCCCCCGCGCGCCCGCAGCGUUUGGUGUCGAUUCGAGCGGGAAGAGGGGGGCGGGUGGGACCGGAGGGGGAGACCAUGACCUCCAGCUACGGGCACGUUCUGGAGCGGCAGCCGGCGCUGGGCGGCCGCGUGGACAGCCCGGGCAGCCUCGACGCGCUGCAGGCGAAGAAGAACUUCUCCGUCAGUCACCUGCUGGACCUGGAGGAAGCCGGCGACAUGGUGGCGGCGCAGGCGGACGAGAGCGUGGGCGAGGCCGGCCGCAGCCUGCUGGAGUCGCCCGGACUCACCAGCGGCAGCGACACCCCGCAGCAGGACAACGACCAGCCGAACUCAGAGGAGAAGAAGAAGCGGAAGCAGAGGAGGAACCGGACCACCUUCAACAGCAGCCAGCUGCAGGCGCUGGAGCGCGUCUUUGAGCGGACUCACUACCCGGACGCCUUCGUGCGCGAAGACCUGGCCCGCCGGGUGAACCUCACGGAGGCACGCGUGCAGGUGUGGUUUCAGAACCGGAGAGCCAAGUUCCGCCGCAAUGAGAGGGCCAUGCUGGCCAAUAAGAACGCCUCACUCCUCAAGUCCUACUCCGGGGACGUGACCGCCGUGGAGCAGCCCGUCGUGCCCCGCCCGGCGCCGAGGCCCACCGACUACCUGUCCUGGGGGACGGCCUCUCCGUACAGCACCAUGGCUACUUACUCGGCCACGUGUACCACCGACAGCCCUGCCCAGGGUGUCAGCAUGGCCAACAGCAUUGCCAGCCUGAGACUGAAGGCCAAGGAGUAUAGUUUACAGAGGGGCCAGGUGCCAACAGUCAACUGAGGAAGCAUAAGCAAACAGGCCUGAGAAGAAACCAGAAACCAUGAGACACCUAUCCUGCUCCGUCAUCGCUUCAUCUGCUGGGAAAAAAAUAAUAAAACAAACAAAACCAGAUCUAAGCUAUUGGGACCAUGGCAGAGGAAAGCAGGAGAAGAGAAAAAUGAAAAUGAGUUUAACAGGUGUCCCCCCGGGGUGCCGCCGACACUUGUGUCUGUGUGUGUGUUCAUCGUGUCCCCCUUCUAUUUGUGCACCUCGCUUAGCGGACCCCGGAUUUCCUCGGCUGAGCUCAGCCUACUCGCCCCUGUGAUUGUAAGGGCUUUAAAACAUCUGCAGCAGCCAAAGGAACCAUUCACAUAUUCAGAAUAAUUGUCUCUAACCUCCCGAGUGACCUGUGUGAGCCUCAGCGCCUCGCCCCACCCCCGCCCCUGUCCUCUGCAUAGAAGCUCUCCGAACUGCUGAAAAGCCAGUCUUUCUGUGGAAUCUGUACCAGAGGGGAUGCCCUUCAGCGCUCUCUGUCUCCAGUGGUCCCUGUAGGGGCUUUUCAUCAGCUGCUGGGGAAACCAGUGCAUACAGCCUCUGGUCGCUGGCCCACCUGACCCAGCACCCUUGGCUGUCUGCUAAUUGACUCCAAGCUCUAAGCUCUGGAAAUAAGCUGUAGAUUUGAGCUCUAAACUAUAGAUGAUAAAUCACUACCCCCACCGCCCCUCACCACCAUCUGAACAAUCAGCCAUCUUAAGUUAAACAUAUGUGUUAUUUUUACGUGAUUUGCUGUCGCAGGCUAUUUGGUAAGAGAUAUUUUUCACUCGAGAGAGGGAGAAAGUUUCCCCACAAAAACAAAGACUGAGUUACGGAAGGCAUGGCCUGCA